AUGCAAAUCACCCAUCUAAGCGACCUAACACCACCCUCACAAGAGCGCACCUGGCUCACAUCCCCACAUCCAACCCUCCCCCUCCUCGCAACCUGCAGCAGCGACAAAACAGUCCGCAUCUACUCCCUAACAAACUUCACCCUCCUCUCAACCAUAACCGGCGGCCACAAGCGCUCCGUUCGAACAGCAGCCUGGAAACCCCAUAUCUCCGGCGAAUCCGUCCUCGCAACAGGCAGCUUCGACGCCACAGUCGGGAUCUGGCGACGAUGGGACAAUUACGGUGCGCCGUCGGAUGCUCCCACCCCCGCAGCCGAUGAGGACGAAAAUGACGAAAAUGAAGAAUGGCGCUUCGCUGUUCUUCUCGAUGGCCACGAUAGCGAAGUCAAGUCUGUUUCGUGGUCUGCGUCUGGAAUGCUACUUGCGACAUGUUCGCGCGAUAAGAGUAUUUGGAUUUGGGAGGAUCUCGAUGAUGGAGAUAAUAAUUUCGAGACUGUUGCUGUGAUGCAGGAGCAUGGGGGGGAUGUGAAGUGUGUUUCGUGGCAUCCGAGUGAAGAGUGUCUUGCGAGUGGGAGUUAUGAUGACACUAUUCGGAUUUGGAGGGAGGAUUUGGAUGAUUGGGGACAGGUUGCUUGUUUGAAGGGGCAUGAGGGGACAGUUUGGUUUUUGGAUUGGGAGAGGGAUGUUGAAGGGGGAGGAGGGGCGAGAUUGGUUUCUUGUUCUGAUGAUCAGAGUGUGAGGGUUUGGAAGAGGAGGGAUGUUGUUAGGGAGCAGGGGGAGCUUUCUUCUGCUUCGACGGGGAUUCCUAGUAUUAUUCGGCCUGUUGGGAGUGAUGAGGUUUGGGAGGAGGAGGCGGUGCUUCCUAAGGCGCAUGAAUUGGCGGUUUAUGCGGUUGCGUGGAGUAAGACGAGUGGGCUUGUUGCUUCUGUUGGUGCUGAUGGACGCAUUGCGCUUUAUGAGGAGCGAGUCGUUGAGGGGGAUGGGGCGCAUGGAAUCUAUGAGAUCAAUCAUAUUGCCUGGGCGAAGAGGGCGGAUCGAGGUGGACAGGAGGAAGAGGUGCUUGUGUCUACAGCUGAUGAUGGAAGUGUCAAGGUCUGGACUCUGCAAUAG